AUAACAAUAUCUGAAGCAGAGUAGAGAGCGCUUUCUUCAUUACUGUUUCGCUUCACCUCUACGGCUCUUUCAUUUCACAUGUUCUUCCUUCCUCCUACUAUUUGUUUUCACCCUCCACACUCAACUCUUUCCUCUCUCUGUUUAUUCAUCCUAACAUCUCAAAUUUUGGAUCUUUACAAUUCGCAUUUCCGCUAAUUCUCCUCAGCAGGUCAAAACAUUUUACCAGUUUUUGAAUUCGGCAUUGGUGGCCCUUUGGUUUGAAUGAAAUCAAUUGCAAUGUGCUUCUCUCUCUUGCCAUUUCCUCGAUGCAGAAUUCAUUCAUUAGCUAAUUGUUGGAGGGAGAGUUUGUAUGAAUUUCGUAGCAGUAGUGGAAGCAGUUGCAGCAACAAGAUUCUGUGUUCAAACAACUACGAGCUUGAAGGAGGAUAUAGCAGCAAGAGGUGGACAAGGCGAACUAUAAAUUCAAAAACCGGAGGAAAUAAUGAGAGCCUAACUAGCAAUAAGAGUAUCAGCCAUAAUAUCAUUCCUGAAACAGGCAAUGAUUCUGGUAAAUUGGAAACGACUAAGGCACGGAGGACCAGAAAAUUAAGUAUUAGAAACAAUGUUGUAUCUAUAAAUGCAAGCACCGAAGUAAAUACAUACAAUGUAGAAAGAGCAGAGGUAGAAACAGAUCAGUAUUAUGCGGACUUGGCCAAACUCGCAACAAUUCUUUGUUUUGAUAUUGAAACCACUGGUUUCUCCAGAGAAAGAGAUAGAAUCAUUGAGGUCGCAUGCCAAGAUCUUCGAGGGGGUGAAAACAGCACCUUACAGAGCCUAGUCAAUCCAGAACGUGAUGUGCCAAAUGAACAAAUUCAUGGCAUUUCAACCCAUAUGGUUAACAGAUACGAUAUACCCAGGAUGAAGGACUUUAUUCCCGUCCUACUUCAGUAUGUCCGGAGCCGUCAGCUGCCUGGUGGAGUUGUGGUCUUGGUGUCUCAUAAUGGGAAGAGUUUUGAUGUCCCCUUCCUGAAAAGUGAAUUUAGUCGAUGCUCUUAUGAGAUUCCUCCAGAUUGGUUGUUUGCCGACACCCUGCCUCUGGCUCGUAUAGUGGUGAAGAAUAAAGGAUCAAAGGUUCCCUCAAGGGUUUCAUUGCAGGCCCUCCGUGAGCACUACUGCAUUCCAUCAAUCGGGCCAGCUCAUAGAGCCCUAUCAGACGUACAUUCGUUGGCAUUGGUUCUCCAACGACUGACAUACGACUUGAAACUGCCGGUAUCUGGCCUCAUUCAAGCUUCCUUUAGAUAGGGAAUGCCUAGAUUCUACAAUUAGGUACCAACUUCUUCUGAUUUGUUAUAUUUGGCCAUUAGAUUGAGCCAAUGUACAGCUAGCGUAUAAUCACAUCAAAAUAUCUGCAUGCACAAGUUGCCAAGUGUAUUUGUAGCUUCGGACCUUUUUAUAUGGAAAAUUUAUGCAACUUAGCUGAACGAAAUUGAUGAUGUAACAUUUGCAAUCAGACAUAAGUUAUACUCCAUCAUUGUUGUCUGUA